GUAAGGGUAGUGUCGUAAUAAUAUCUUUUUAUCACUUGUGAGAAAAUGGAAACCAAUCACCGAUUGUUGUGAGCCGGACGAAGGAGAGGAAGCCGCCUAAGAAGUUGCCGUCGUCAUGGCCGUGAAGGCUUCUGGAUUCAUCGGGAAAUCAGCAAUCUCAGUUCAUCUAGAUUUCUCUUCGUUUCCUGUGAAAUUCUCAUGCUUUAAACAGUUUUCUGUAUCUACUCCAAAGCCACUGGUCGUUUUAUCCGUGGCCUUAUCGCCGCCGGCAAGAACAGUUGAGUCUCCGCCAGUUGGUUACCGGAAAAAUGUUGGGAUUUGUCUCGUUGGCCCAUGUAGAAAGAUUUUUACGGCAUCAAAGAUUCACAUUCCGGAUACAUGGCAGAUGCCUCAGGGUGGAGCUGAUGAGGGAGAAGAUUUGAGAAACGCUGCCUUUAGAGAACUGAGAGAAGAAACUGGGGUUACCUCGGCGGAAUUCAUUGCGGAGAUACCAAACUGGCUGACCUAUGAUUUUCCCCGAGAAGUGAAGGACAAACUAAACCGGAAAUGGCGAACAAGUUACAAAGGCCAAGCUCAGAAGUGGUUUCUCUUCAAGUUCACGGGCAAGGAGGAAGAGAUAAAUCUCCUGGGAGACGGUACUGCAAAACCAGAGUUUAAGGUGUGGUCGUGGAUGCUACCGGAACAAGUUAUUGAACAUGCUGUGUAUUUCAAAAGACCUGUCUAUGAGCAUGUCAUAAAGCAAUUCAACCCUUAUUUUGUGGAUGAAGAAAACGAUUCCAUGAACUCGUCUAAGGAUUGAAUGUGCACAAAGAUUCAUCAAGUGAAUAGUGAUCAGGAGAAAUCAAUCAAUUCAUUAUACAGGUUUCUCUUGAACCUCAUCAAAGAUAAAAAUGCAUGAAUCUCUUCAUGUUCAGACAUUGAUCUUGUAGUUUGAUACCAUAUCAAUAUUUUUAUGUAUAGACAUUCUUAUCUUUGGUUAUAAAUCCUCACGAAUUAGAUAA